AUGUCACAAUUUAAUUGUUAUGGUUUGAAUGGAGUGGGUAUUCAAGCAAUUGAACUUUAUCAUGAAAUGCCAUCAGAAUUAAUUAAUGAAGUAACACAUAUUUGUGUUCUAAAUGCAUGUUCACUUUCAAGACUGGUGGAUGAAGCUCGUUCAAUCUUCAAAAAUAUUCAAAACAAAACAGAGAAAGUUCAUGGCGCUAUGAUCAAUUAUCUUAGUCACGCAUCUUUUCUUUUUGAAGAAGAUCAAGAAUUAAUUGAUGAAUAUGAACGUUAUCAUUCACCUGUAUCAUUCGUGUAUUGUGAGUAUCUUUCGAUUAAUUGAUAAAUAUCAUAAUUAUAAAUCAAUCAUUUUCUAUUGAUUUUUAAUUGAAGAAGGAUUCAGACCACAUAUUUAAUCUAUUGUUCUUUGAUAUUUAGUCAAUUGAAUAGAAAACUUUCUUAUUUUAUUAUUAUGUACAUUGAUUUUAUUAAAUAUCUAUGAGUGUAUUUUACAAUGCACAACAAAUCAAGAUAAAAUUGUUUCGAUCGAAAGUUUU